AAACUCCUACAGGGAAAAGAUGGAUCUUUCUAAUCGAAGAUACCAGUACAAAAUGGGUGGAACUCUGUGCCCUACAGGAAGCCACAGCUGCAAAUUGUGCUAAAACAUUAGUAGAAGAAGUUUACUUACGUUACGGUUUACCCAGGAGGUUGAUCAGCGAUAACGGUAAGCAAUUUGACAGUGCUGUUAUACAACAAACUUGCGAUUUACUUGAUAUUAAGCAAGACCUGACACCUGAAUAUCACCCUCGAGCAAAUCCUUCUGAAAGAAAAAAUAGAGAUCUUAAACCGAGACUAGCCAUUCUUGUUGGUGACUCGCAUGAUACGUGGGAAAAAAAACUAUCCCUGAUACGUUUCGCCAUGAACACAACAAAAUGUGAUACAAAAGGGCACACCGCCGCCUAUUUACAGUUUGGAAGGGAACUUCAAACCACAGAUGACGUUAAUCAUGAUGUUAGAGCUGUCAUUAAAAAUGGAAACUUUGUGCCUGAGAUAACACCAUGCCUAAAAAGGUUUGCUAGUCUAAGAGUCCAGAUCAAAGAACGAGUCGAAUGCAAACAGGAUCAACCGAAAGCAAAUUUUGACUGUCGUCAACGACCUCUAUACUUCCAACCUGGGGACAAGGUUUGG